GAAUACUAUUUUAUGUUGCGCGGUCUCAUUUGUCAAAGGACAAUUAAAACCCAGAGAAAUAUGGCAGCCUAACAUAACAAACUACUUCUCACCCGUCGACUAUUGGCAAUAGUCAUCUUGUUGAUGAUGAAUCGUACAAUGGAUUUGUGUACAGGACAGAAAACUAUCAUGCGACAGUUCUUGAUCCUCAAGAAACUGGGAGAUGUUCCUGACCAGGUCAACUUGGAGCAUAUUAAAGAUUUUCUGUUGAGAGAGGCAGGAUUCGGACCAGCACCUCACCAUGUCCUCCGUCGUCCUGUGCUGGAGGGGAUUGAGAAAAAGGUCUUUACAGAACUGGAGAACGAGCGACGUCUCUCUAAGCAGUUUGGGAGGAAGGUCACCUUGGAGGGACUUGAGAUGUUCCUGGGCAUGAUCAGGCCAUCAGCUGAAGCUGAGGUCAGGAAUCUCCUCCUCCCCCUGUUUUCCAACCUUGCGUGCAGCGCCAUGCAUGACACAAAGGGCGAAAUGGAGUCCUCUCCACCUGCUGGGGAUGCAGGUUCUCCAAAUGAGCAUGUGCCAAGCACAUCAACUCUGCUCCAAAGAGCUGAGAAGCUGGUCCCAGAGUUGGUGACAGCUACUCUCAACUACCUCCUUGAGGACAGAGAAGAGGAGCUAUUGGGAUCACUGUUCAACUCUGAGCAGCCAGGCCUCACCUCGAUGGAGGGGCCGUGGGCCAAGGCAGCCAUUGUAGAUGUCUUCAGGCUUGUGGAGGAUGCAGCCAGCUCUGUGCUCACUCCCCAGGAUGUCUCAGCACUGGGUUCCAUCACUUACAGAGUGGUAAAAAACAUGGUGGUUGCCAUCUUCCAGAAGUUUGAGCAUGCCUUAAUAUCCUUCCAGCUGAUAGGACACGACAGCACAGAAUUUGAAGGUCUGGCUGUGACUCGUUCUAUCAUCUCGGCUAUCGUGGAUGAUAUGGAGAUGGGGGACUGGGGGACUGAUGUACCGGAGGACUUCUCCAACCAGAUGUGUGAAAUCGCCACCACAGCUGGUACCCCUGAAGUUUCCAUGAAAGACCUUCUCCUGAAAGCAGCUAGAGCUAUCGCUGAUAAUAACAACAACAUCAGCGAAGGCUUAACAGUGAAAGACAACCUUCAUGAGGCUGCCCCCAAGAUCUCUGCCCAGGCCAGAUGUCUUGCAAUUGCCAUGGAGGACUUUCUCCAGGAACCAGUCAUGGCUCACAAUGAUAAAGUGAUGAAGGCAGUUAUCACGGAGGUCACCUCAGACCAGGUUCAGCCUUCCCCGAGGUCUCCAAAGACCACUGCUGCAUCCAGAUUCUCAGAAGAGACUCUGAGCAACCUCCUGGAGGUUGAAGCUCCCAAGGUGGAGCCUGAACUCUCAGAUGAGAAACCCAGCAUGGUCAUCGGCUGUGUCCUAGCAACCAAUUCUGAUCUCCACCCCAUGGUGAGACACAACAAUCUAUUGAUGUUCUGA